UCCCUGCACGUGGGGCCGCUCCGUGCCUCAGUUUCCCCGUCUGUCAAUAGGGCGAGUGCAGCACCCCGUUCAGAGGGCUGCUGUGAGGACUGCGGGGGCACACACGUGUGUGCCGCCAGGGACAGGGCUGGCACGUGGUCGGUGCUCCGUAAAUGUCAAGGUUUUCCUCAGCAUGGACUCAGCAGGCUGGUGUGGAAGAAGGAUAAGACUUAAAACCAAUCUUGGAACGAGACAAAACUUUUAGCUAAAAAUGGUAUUUUUUACAUGCAACGCGUGUGGUGAAUCGGUGAAGAAAAUACAAGUGGAAAAGCAUGUGUCUGUUUGCCGAAACUGUGAAUGCCUUUCUUGUAUUGACUGCGGUAAAGAUUUCUGGGGGGACGACUAUAAGCAGCACGUGAAAUGCAUCAGUGAGGACCAGAAGUACGGUGGCAAAGGUUAUGAAGGGAAAACCCACAAAGGCGACAUUAAGCAGCAGGCGUGGCUUCAGAAAAUUAACGAAUUAAUAAAAAGACCCAAUGUCAGCCCCAAAGUGAGGGAACUUUUAGAGCAAAUUAGUGGUUUUGACAACGUUCCCAGGAAAAAGGCCAAAUUUCAGAACUGGAUGAAGAACAGUCUCAAAGUUCAUAAUGAAUUUGUUCUGGAGCAGGUGUGGAAUAUCUUUUCCGAAGCCUCCAGCAAUGGAACAGCUAGUAAUAAGGGGCAGGAGCGCCCACCACCCCGAGUGGCCAGUCCUUGUGCAGAAAGCUCCGCCAGGGCCCCAUCUGCCAGAGCCGGUGAGGCGCAGGAAGAGCCAGCAGAGGUGACGAAGAACAAGAGGGAGAGGAAAGAAGAACGGCAGAAGAAUCGGAAAAAAGAAAAGAAAGAGCUAAAAUUAGAAAACCACCAAGAGAAUUCCAAGAGUCAAAAGCCUAAGAAGCGCAAAAUGGGACAGGAGGCCGGAGGUGAGGAUGCCCCCCAGGCCGCCGGGCCUGCCAAGAAGAAGACCCAGAGGAAGAAGGGUGAGGGCAAGCGAGCGGAGGACGGGGCAGCGGCUGGAGACAGGGCCCUGGGGGCAGGAGCCGAGGAGCAGGAGGCGAAGACCCGGCCGGGGAAGAGGAAGCGCAAGCAUUCGGAAGUUGAAGCAGACUCUAAGAAGAAAAAGUUCCCAGGACCUUGUGAGGAUGGAGAACCAGAAAACCAUGAGGCUCCUGCAAAAGGUAAAUUCAACUGGAAGGGAACUAUUAAAGCUGUGCUGAAACAGGCCCCAGACAAUGAGGUAGCCAUCAAAAAGCUAAGGAAAAAGGUUUUUGCUCAGUAUUAUACUGUGACGAAUGAACAUCACAGAUCUGAAGAGGAACUCCAAGUCAUCUUUAACAAGAAAAUCAGCAAGAACCCCACCUUUAAGUUAUUAAAGGAGAAGGUCAAGCUUCUGAAAUGAAUGUUUUUAUAUUUAAAACUUAAAUCCAUUCUGUGAUUUCCUCUUUCACUUCCACAGCUGUUUGAAAAACAUUUAAUGAAUUAUAACAACUCAAAUUUUGUUUUCCAAAGCUGUUUUUUAAGUUAAGUAAAAUAUAUAUUUUUGGUAGACUUUUAUGAGAAAAUAAAGUAUAUUCUUGUCCAAAAGUCUGAAUUUGUGGUGGUAAAAAUUACUGUACUAAAAAAUGCUUUCAUGUGGAAUUUUUUUUUUAAAUGUGACAAGUCAAAGAGUAAUUCUUCCUUUGGUGAGAUUAACUUGUGUUAACCAUGUCGCUUCUGUAUGUUUUGAGAGCUUUUUGUGGGUGUGUUUUUUGUGUUGCUAAAAAGUAUUUGUGAGUUGAAGCCUUUCGCCUGGAAGGGCUGUAACAACAAUCUUGCCCGUGCUCCUGGCCACCCUGGAGAGGUUUCUCUUUAACAGUCCAGCCCGGCGCCCUGCGCCCUUAGCCAGAGAAGCUGUUGGGGACACUGCAGAGCGGCCUGUGACUGGGCACAAGGAACAGCGGCGAGGCUGGCUCUGCUGUUCAGCACUCCGGCUGAGUUGAGCUGCUUGCAGAGAUGGUCUGAGUCCUAGGUUGCUGUGCCAGAGGAGAGCUGGCACCACUCUGCCUCCCCAUCCCUUAAAGCCGAUGCAUGUGGUAAGAAUCACCACUGCAGCCGGUGUUAACUUCUAUCCUUAAUACCUCAGCCGACAGGUGAACACCAGGAGGGACGUGGAACAAGUACUACAGAUUAGGACAGGAGGAUUAGCAGGAGGAGGGCCAAAGGGCAGACAGCGACCCAGUUCCCCGUGGGCCAGCUUCUCCCCAGGCCUUUCGGGCUGGGCUGAGGAGCAGGAGCGCUGGGCCUCAGUGGCUCUGUGAGCUUGAGUGAGGUCUUGGGCUUCAGAGUUGGGCCGGGCGUGGCCCUUUAACAGUUGGCCUCUCAGAACCUCACUGUUUCUGUCUGGACAGUGGGAAAGGAAAGCCCCGCCUGGGCUGUGAGGGAGCGAAUUCUGCUUCUACUAACGGGCAGCAGAGGGAGCCUCAUUUGAUGGAUGCUGUCCGUCGUCGGAACAGUCUGAGCCAUGUGAGGCUGCAGUGGUUCUGGAAGUCACAGGGGAGUGGGGCCUGACCCAGACCUCAGUUAGGGACAAAAAGCCUGGCACCGUGGGGGUACAGGGCCACUCUGUCAACUUUUGUCUUCUGUCAGCUUUUCUGUGAUGCGUUUAAGGCAAGGCUGGGCAAAUGUGACGAAAUAAACUCAAUGUGCACUGAGUCUGGCGAGUCC